AUGUCCGGCUUCCUUGAGCAGCUCCCACUGCCUACGAUCGACCGUCCUUUCGGUGUCCAUCUAUGGCCCAUCUUCAGCAAGGCCUGGGAGGCCGUUGUUGGAUAUCCGGCCGAGGAGUUCAACUUUGUGCCAUUCGAGACUCCCAUGUCGACCCUCAAGUCGACCUCUAUCUUCAUCGUCGUUUACUACAUCAUCAUCUUUGGUGGCCGCGAGUUGAUGCGAAGCCGUGAGCCCUUCAAGCUCAAAGCUCUGUUCCUCAUUCACAACUUCUACCUCACUGCCAUCAGCGGAAUUCUCCUGGUCCUCUUCAUUGAACAAUUGGUUCCCGAACUCUACCAUAAUGGUGUCUUCCAUGCCAUCUGCCACUAUGAUGGCGGUUGGACUCAACCCAUGGUUGUCUUGUACUACCUAAACUACCUGACUAAGUAUCUUGAGUUGUUGGACACUGUGUUCCUCUUCUUGAAAAAGAAGCCGUUGACCUUCCUCCACUGCUACCACCACGGUGCUACUGCUCUUCUCUGCUAUACUCAGCUCAUUGGCUCUACCUCUGUCUCCUGGGUUCCCAUCACCCUGAACCUGACUGUUCACGUCGUCAUGUAUUGGUAUUACUUCCAGAGCGCUCGAGGCAUCCGCAUUUGGUGGAAGGAGUGGGUCACUCGUCUCCAGAUCAUCCAGUUCAUCAUUGAUCUUGGUUUUGUAUAUUUCGCCUCAUACACCUACUUCACGUCGACCUACUUCCCAUGGCUGCCAAAUGCCGGCAAGUGCGCUGGUGAGGAAUUUGCCGCCUUCUCUGGUAUUGCCAUCCUCAGCUCGUAUCUGGUCCUCUUCAUCUCCUUCUACUUUGCCACCUACAAGAAGGGCGGUAAAAGCACCACGCGCAAGUCUCUGCGACGCAUGUCCCAGGCUCCCCUUCCCGACCCUCUGCACGUCCAGGCUGCGGUCGCUGCCAGCGGCAAGAGCAACGGCCACACCAACGGUGCCACCACCACUGGGGCAAAGGCUAACGGUGCCACCACUCGCUCCCGCAAGGCUUAA